AUGGCCAGGUCGUUCCCAAAGCAACGAGGGGUCCACGUGGAUAUCGGGGCGCAGUAUUGGACGCCAAAGUCCGAUUUGAAUGACGAUUUCCGCCAGAAGUUGACACAAAGUGGCUACUUGGUGCCAUUCGCAGAGAACGAGAUCGCGCAGGAUCCGUACAAAGGGACAGUCAAGACGCAUUUGGUUUCUCCUAACGGCAAGGGAUUUCGAGCGAUGGUGGAACACUUAUUGGAGGGGACGGAGACGAAGAUGUCGACGCAUUUGGAGAGCUUCCAGGUACUGGACGAGAACCGCAUCCAAGUUACGACCAGCGAAGGCAACGACGAGAUUGUGAACGAGUUGGUGUUGACGUGCCCCAUCCCGAAUGUUCUGUCGAUUCUUAGCAAGAGUAGCUCAUUCCACGUUGCGCCGGAGAUUCUGCGCGCAUUUGAGGGCGUAACGUACUCGCAACGCUUUGCUGCAGCUUAUGUCUUUGACGAAAAAGUGGUGCCGGCAGUACAGGAGCUGGGGUGGACUGCCAAGUACGUCCCGCGCGACGAGAGCGACGUCAUCCGCUUUGUGUGCUGGGACCACGUCAAGAAGAAACAAGGCGGGACGUCCCCGCCAGCGUUGAUCGUGCACACGUCCGUAGCCUUCGGGGCCACGUUCAUGGACGACUCUCGCCACAACGACGAGAUCCUUGCCCUCAUUUCCAAGUCGCUACGUGAGGUCUUGCCGUCGCUCCCAGCUGAGCUGGAUGCGCGUCUGCAUCGCUGGCGCAUCUCUCAAGUGGCCGUGCCGUACCACGACUCGAGCAGCGCAACGGGGGAGGAUCCGUCGUCGGCUCUCUUGCUCAGCGCCAACCCGCGUAUCAUCGUGGCCGGCGACAGCUUUCUUGGUUCAGCGUUUGAUAAUUGCAUCUUGUCUGCCAAAGUGGCUGCGAACUUGUUGCAAAGUAACAGCGCUCUUUAA